CAGAGGGAGAAAUAUUUAUAGCCUUAAGCUAGGCUGCAGUACGCAAGGCUUGGGACCGAGGUAGGCAGACAAACACACACACAGGGCCCGAGGAAAACAGGACACGGCAAAAUGAAACAUUUCACUUCGCUAGUUUUAUUCGGGGCCGCAGUGGUCGCUCUGGUCAGCGCAGCCGGCUCCGAGGGGGAGAUCUCCUUCGAGUACCACCGCUACGAAGAGCUGCGGAAGGCGCUGGUGUCGGUGUGGUUGCAGUGUCCGACCAUCACCCGCAUCUACACCAUCGGGGAGAGCUUCGAGGGCCGCGAGCUGCUGGUGCUAGAGAUGACGGACAACCCCGGGACGCACGAGCCUGGUGAGCCUGAGUUUAAGUACAUCGCCAACAUGCACGGCAAUGAAGCUGUGGGCAGAGAGCUGCUCAUCUACCUGGCUCAGUACCUGUGCAACCAGUACCAGCAAGGCAACGAGACCGUCAUCGACCUCGUCCACAACACCCGCAUCCACUUCAUGCCCUCCAUGAACCCAGACGGCUUUGAGAAGGCUGCUUCACAGCCAGGAGAGAUUAAAGACUGGUUUGUCGGUCGCAGUAACGCGCAGGGGGUGGAUCUGAACCGUAACUUCCCUGAUCUGGACCGAAUCAUUUACAUCAACGAGCGGGAGGGUGGAGCCAAUAACCACCUGCUGCAGAACAUGAAGAAGGCUGUGGAUGAAAACACCAAGCUGGCUCCAGAGACCAAGGCAGUGAUCCACUGGAUCAUGGAUAUCCCCUUCGUCCUCUCAGCUAACCUUCAUGGAGGAGAUGUGGUGGCCAACUACCCAUAUGAUGAGACCCGCACUGGCUCUACCCAUGAGUACAGUUCCAGUCCAGAUGAUGUGAUGUUCAAGUCUCUGGCGAGGGCUUACUCCAUAUACAACCCAGUCAUGUCCGACCCUAACCGAGCGCCCUGCCGUAAGAACGAUGAUGACUCCAGCUUCAAAGAUGGCAUCACUAACGGAGGGGCCUGGUACAGCGUGCCCGGAGGAAUGCAAGAUUUCAACUACCUCAGCAGCAAUUGUUUUGAGAUCACACUGGAGCUCAGCUGUGACAAGUUCCCCAAUGAGGACACACUCAAGUCCUACUGGGAGCAGAACCGCAACUCACUGGUUAACUACAUCGAGCAGGUUCACCGGGGUGUAAAGGGCUUUGUGCGUGACCUUCAGGGAAACCCCAUUUCCAAUGCCAGCAUUUCUGUGGAGGGCAUUGACCAUGACAUCACCACAGCCAAAGAUGGAGACUAUUGGCGCCUCCUGGCUCCAGGAAACUACAAAGUAGCAGCAUCUGCCCCAGGAUACCUGACUGUGAUUAAGAAGGUGGCUGUUUCCUACAGCCCUGCAACCAGGGUGGACUUUGAGCUGGAGUCUCUGAUGGAGAGAAAGGAGGAAGAGCGGGAGGAGCUGAUGGACUGGUGGAAGAUGAUGUCGGAGACACUGAACUUCUAAAGCGUUUGUCUUGCUGAUAAUCGGACCGUCCGCACAUCGAUGUAAUAUAUUCAACAUUCUGUGUGCCCGUCCACUCUAAAAAAAGAAUAUAUUGUCUCUUUAUUUGUUUUGUUCUCUUUCGACCAUUGUUUUAAUUGAUUAUUACUGUUUAUUAAUGUAAUGGUUUGCCUCAUACUUCUGUAGGGUAUCAUACAGACAGAAACAUAUACUGACGGACACAGGAGGAAUUUACAGGUAGUUUGAGGGCAGCGAGAUCGGUGUUGAUUUCUGUGGUAUUGUGUUCUUCAUUGUACACGUGAUUUGGUAACCAUGGCACCCAUCUAUAUAACCAAUGAGUGACUGAGUAAUUAUGUAUGUAAAAGAGCUUUUUACAUCAUUGCCACAUGGCUCUGUCCAAAGUAAUUAAUAUUUAUUUUACUGUUUUAAUUGUCUCUUUUUCUCCAGUAAAUAUACA